AUGGAGGAGGCUUUUGAGAGGAAGAGGGCCAAGUACGAGGAGCUGGCAGGCGAAUGCCAAAGCAGGGGGUGGAGGACCCGAUGCAAUCACAUUGAGGAUGGGUGUAGAAGAUUCAUCAGCCAGUCACUCAUCAGGGCUGCCAAGAUGCUUAGAGUAAAGAGACUGCACAUCAGGAAAGCUGUCAAGAACAUCAUGGAUGCCGCCGAAAAGGCAUCAAGGUGGCUGUGGAUCAAGCAGGGUGAUCUGUGGAUCACACAAGCUACUCAGACACAAGCCAGGGGGGCCACCAUCUUUACCAAACUGGACCUUCGAAAUGCAUACUAUCUUGUCAGGAUCCGGGAGGGGGACGAAUGGAAGACUGCAUUUAAUACACCGAUAGGCCACUAUGAGUACCAGGUAAUGCCAUUCGAGCUGGUUAACCCUCUGGAGUCUAAGGGGCAGCCUCCAGAUGGUUCCUGUCAAGAUCUGAGCAGUCCUGGACUGGCCCCGACCCACUUCAGUCAAGCAGAGCUGCCCUUUGUCCUGGAGGUGGAUGCCUCAGAUGUGGGGGUAGGAGUGGUCUUGUCACAGAAGUGUUCCAAAAAUCUCAAGCCAGAUGCACUCUCGAGGCAUUCUGAGGCACCUAAGAGGGAGUUAUGCACAUCCAGGGUGAUAGCCCCCAUCAAGUGGGUUAUUGAGAUCACUGUCAGGAGAGCCCAACAGCAACAGCCUGGUUCAGCAAUAUUAGUAGAAGCCUCUGGUUCAUACUAUGUAGUAACUGUGAAGACAGGGGCACAUUUUUGUCAAGAACUGAAGAAAAAGAUGGGCACAGAUGAAAUGUUCAGCUCCAUGUUCAAAGAACGUCAGACAGAGAUUAUCGGAGGAAACAUAAAUGGAGAUGAUUUACUUUUUUCUCGUUCAUCACACCCAAAUUCCCUAAAUAACUGGCACGAGUCUUUGAAGAGUCUCCCUGACAUUGUACAUUACUCUCUGAAACCCCUUCAUUUCUUACUGAGUAAUAAACACCCUGCCAGGAAAGGACUGAAGAAAGCUGUUGAAGACUAUAUAAUUCAAAAUGCCCUUAUGAAGGUUUGCUCUGAGCCUUGCAAGAUUGGCAGGAAGUGCAGCGCAAGAGACCGAUGUGCUUCUGUUUGUGAAAGUAGUCAAAUGAUAAAGUCUAACUGCUGUCCAACUGCAAAAGGACUAGCCACUCUGAAAGUCUACAGUCUCAGAGCCAAAGAUCUGUAUGGAGAUAGAUUUAAACAAACAGAUGGCACUGUAACUGUUGAAUAUGACAACCAAAUUAAGCGCACUCAGACCAUUGAUGAUAAUGAUAAUCCGCAGUGGCCAGAAACAUUUGAGUUUGGUCCUAUUGAGAUCAGAAUGGACAAAAAAAUUACUUUUACAGUAUAUGAUGCAGACAGCUACUGGAACAGUGAUCUGCUUGGUUCAUGCUCUUUUGAUCUUAGAAGUGGAGUUGUGACUGAUCCCUGUGUUUUUACAUAUGGCACCUUCUAUUUUACCUAUGAAGUGAAAUGUGCACCCAGUCUACAGGGCCCUCGGUGUGAUGAACACAUACCUUCUCCAAUGGCUGCCCCUCUGGCUGAUAUUUUCAGCUCAAGAAAUGGUGUUCUGGUUAAAGACCUGCCGAGGCUUGAAUUAGCUCGCAAUAACUCAGAUAACUUAAACUCCAAGAGUACUUAUGGAAAGCUGAUCAUGCUGUGACCUGCAUCUCAAAUCCAUCUUUUAUGCAUGAAAAAUUACCCCAUUGUACUCUAACAGCACUUUUAUCUGCUAGAAAAAAAUAUAUCUGUAAGCUUUGCUUAUUUUCU